GCGGAUUGUCUAAACCUCAGCGAAGAAGACUGUGCCUCCAUGAUACUUGCUGCUGUUUAUCAUUUGUAAUUCAUCCAGUAGUAUUCGUCGGGCAUGUUCAGUUAAACGCACUGCGGCAGUAAACAAAUGGCCUUCGCUCUGCCGGUGUGGCUCGCGGUCCAGGAAGAGCUCCUCGGGCAUGGCGAAGUGGACUGCGGGCCUCCGAGCUGCUUCGACGAGUUCGAGGACGAAGCUUUGUUCCAGAUGUUCCACCUCACCAGACCCUGCAUCUCGUUCAUCACAGACGCCGCCCGCAUCCGCAUGAAGAACGUCGCUUUGAAGAAACCCGGGCUGUCCGUGGACUCGAUGCUCAUGGUGGCGCUGAACUAUUACGCGCACGGAGUCUCCUCCGCUCCCGUCCUGCAGAAAGUUGGACUCAGCCAGACGGAGUGCUACUCGGUCAUCGGCACAGUCUCUGGGGUCAUCGCGGGGAUGUCCGAUCAGUUCAUCUCAUUCCCGCUGAUCCAGCAAGCCAGAGCCAACGUCGCCUUCAAGAUAGAGAAAUUAUGUGGGAUCCCCAAUGUCCUGGGCGUCCUGGCUCCAGCUCACUUCAAGAUCAGAGCCUCUCCCUACGAGAAGGACACGUUCAGGUCUUUUGUAAACACCUUGGGUUACACGUCGGUCGUGAGCCAGAUCAUCUCAGACUCUGACGGCAACAUACUGAGCGUUGAAAAAUGCUGUGUGGGCAGCACGUUUGAGCAAGAAAUGUGGGACUCGUCGUUCAAAGGAAGAGAAAUGGAGGAGGACUUGCACGGACCAUUUUGGGUUAUUGGUGGGAAAGGCUACCACUUAAGCAAACAUGUCUUGACUCCUGUGUCAGAGCCUACAAAUGACAGUGAGGUCCGCUUCAAUGAGGCCCACGCAAAGAUCCACAACGUCAUGCGGACGACGCUCGGCUCCAUGAAGAGGCGUUUCAGGUGCCUGAUGCAACUGGGUUUUGCACAAGAAGGCUCUUUGGACAAAAAGUCCAACAUUAUCAAGGCGUGCUGUGUCCUGCACAACAUCGCUAAGAAGUUCUCUGACCCUCCUCCUCCUGUAGCCGGUAAAAUUGAGCCCCUGCUUCCAGGCAAGCAGCAUUCAGUGGCAGUAGAGAUCAACACUGAGGCUCUAAAAGCCAGACAGGAACUCAUCUUCAAAAACUUCUCCGCUGUCUCCAGUAGUCAGGACCCACCGAGUACAGGCAUAACAGAGGAGGACAUGUGAGCAGAGCAGGUGUGUUGCCAGCUCUGGAGGAUCAUCGACAUACUGUUAAAGACAAACACUGGAACCAAAUCCCAGCUUUUAAUGCAAGACUUAUACACAGUUUGAGGCAAGUUGCUGUUAUCAUGUCACUUUGGCAGCAUUUUCAUCUCGUUUGCAGAUUUUUAAAACCACAUUAUGGUGAUUUUGUUACUAAAAAUACUUUAUUUCUUGUACAAAUAAAAAAACAUACUUAUCUACCUACAUUUCUUAUAAAUAAAUUCAAUUUGAAAACAUUCUUUGGUCAGCAGGAGUAUUGUUCCCUCGCAUGAUGAUGAUGAUGAUGAUGAUAAUAAUACCCACUUUGCAUAUAAAAGGGAAACUAUGCAUAUACACUAAAUAUAUAAGGCUCAAAUGUUUUUCAUAUUUACACUUUAUAACAAUAUACAAAGUAUGUAGACUUAAGAAUUAGUUUGUCAUGAAGUGCACAAUCUUGUUUAGUUUAGGUAUUUGAGUGAAACUCUCGGAGUGCAGUGGCAUUAGCAUAAAUCAUGUCUGAGUUCUCAUAUAUGUUCUCUUCAAGCUUGUCGUGUGCCUGCAGACUGUCCAUGAUGCAUUGGUGCAGGAAAACAUACUGGGACUGAAAAGAAACCAAAGAUGCUGGUCAUUUCAAAAGCUGAACUUUGUACACAUUGUAUUCUGGCUAGUACUUCCUUGUAUGCAGUAUUGCCACAGAAAAGAUUAAACACAUUAAACUGUAGAUGUUUAAAAGCC